CGCGGCAGCCGGCGGGGCCCGGGCGGGCGAUGUGAGCAGCGGGGCCGGGCCGCGGAGCCGCCCAGGGCCCGUCCCCGCGGCCCGCCGGGAUGAAGCUGAAGAAGCAGGUGACGGUGUGUGGAGCUGCCAUCUUCUGCGUGGCUGUCUUCUCCCUCUACCUGAUGCUGGACCGGGUGCAGCACGACCCCGCGCGCCACCAGAGCGGGGGCAACUUCCCCAGGAGCCAGAUCUCGGUGCUGCAGAACCGCAUCGAGCAGCUGGAGCAGCUGCUGGAAGAGAACCACGAGAUCAUCAGCCACAUCAAGGACUCGGUGCUGGAGCUGACGGCCCACGCGGAGGGACAGCCGGCACUGCCCCGCCACCCACCCAACGGCUCCUGGGCGCUGCCCCCUGAGAGUCGCCCGAGCUUCCUCUCCGUGUCCCCACAGGACUGCCAGUUUGCCCUGGGGGGCAAGGGCCAGAGCCCAGACCUGCAGAUGCUGGCCGUGUACUCCCUGCUGCCCUUUGACAACCAGGACGGCGGUGUGUGGAAGCAGGGCUUCGAUAUCACCUAUGAGCCCAAUGAGUGGGACGCUGAGCCCCUGCAGGUGUUUGUGGUGCCGCACUCCCACAAUGACCCCGGCUGGAUCAAGACAUUUGACAAGUACUACUAUGACCAGACGCAGCACAUCCUCAACAGCAUGGUGCUGAAGAUGCAGGAGGACCCCCGCCGGCGCUUCAUCUGGUCUGAGAUCUCCUUCUUUUCCAAGUGGUGGGACAACAUCAGUGCCCAGAAGCGGGCUGCGGUGCGGAGGCUGGUUGGGAACGGGCAGCUGGAGAUGGUGACGGGUGGCUGGGUGAUGCCCGACGAGGCCAAUUCGCACUACUUCGCCAUGAUCGACCAGCUGAUCGAGGGGCACCAGUGGCUGGAGAAGAACAUCGGCGUGACGCCGCGGUCAGGCUGGGCCGUUGACCCCUUUGGGUAUAGCUCCACCAUGCCCUACCUGCUGAAGCGCUCCAACCUGACGGGCAUGCUCAUCCAGCGUGUGCACUACGCCAUCAAGAAGCACUUUGCUGCCACACAGAACCUGGAGUUCAUGUGGAGACAGACGUGGGACCCAGACUCCAGCACUGACAUCUUCUGCCACAUGAUGCCCUUCUACAGCUAUGACGUGCCCCAUACCUGCGGGCCCGAUCCCAAGAUCUGCUGCCAGUUCGACUUCAAGCGCCUGCCAGGCGGCCGGAUCAACUGCCCGUGGAAGGUGCCGCCCCGCGCCAUCACCGAGGCCAACGUGGCAGAGCGAGCCCAGCUCCUGCUGGACCAGUACCGCAAGAAGUCCAAGCUGUACCGCAGCAAGGUGCUGCUGGUGCCCCUGGGAGACGAUUUCCGCUACGACAAGCCACAGGAGUGGGACGCUCAGUUCCUCAACUACCAGCGCAUCUUUGACUUCCUCAACUCCCAGCCCCACCUCCACGUGCAGGCGCAGUUCGGGACGCUGUCUGACUACUUUGAUGCCCUCUACAAGAAGGUGGGCAUUGUGCCGGGCAUGAAGCCGCCUGGGUUCCCAGUGCUGAGUGGCGAUUUCUUCUCCUACGCGGACCGGGAGGAUCACUACUGGACAGGCUACUUCACCUCCCGGCCUUUCUACAAGAGCCUGGACCGCGUGCUGGAGGCCCACCUCCGGGGGGCAGAGAUCCUGUACAGCCUGGCGCUCGCCCACGCCCGCCGUGCCGGCGCCGACAGCCGGUACCCGCUGUCCGACUACGCCCUGCUGAGCAACGCCCGCCGCAACCUGGGGCUCUUCCAGCACCACGACGCCAUCACGGGCACCGCCAAGGAGGCCGUGGUGGUUGACUAUGGAGUCCGGCUGCUCCACUCCCUCUCGAGCCUCAAACGCGUCAUCAUCAACGCUGCGCAGUACCUGGUGCUGGGGGACAAGGACGCCUACCGCUACGACCCCGCCGCACCCUUCCUCAGCACGGACGACACGCGCCUCAACCAGGACUCGCUCCCAGAGAGAACAGUCAUCAAGCUGAGCGCCUCGCCACGAUUCCUGGUUGUGUUCAACCCACUGGAGCAGGAGCGCCUGAGCGUCGUGCCGGUGCUGGUGGACUCCCCGCAUGUGCGCGUGCUGUCUGAGGAGGGGCAGCCCCUGCCUGCCCAGCUCACUGCACAGUGGGGCUCCGCCACCAACAUGGUGCCUGAAGUCUACCAGGUAUGGGGCGCCCCACCGCCCACUGCCGCCCCCGUCCUCGCCCUGCACAGCCC